AUGAAAAAGCAACUCAUAAUACUUGCAUUAUUGUGCAUAUUUGCUUUAGCAGAAGAGCAAUGCCCAGAAAAUAGUAUAUUAGUUUCAGAAAAAUGUGCUUGUAAGGAAGGAUACUAUGGUGAAAGUGCUGAUAAUUGCAUUAAAUGCCCAGAUAAUACUAGUUCUACUUCUGGUUUGUAUUAUAACACUUUUGCUGGAGCUACCGCUGCAGUUUGUAAAAAAUGUUAAAACAAUUUCUAUGUUACAGUUAAAGCAACUAAAGAUAAACCUGCUACUUGCUCUAAAUGUCCUGAACAUUCUCUAACUACAAGAUAAGACGAAGAUGUCAGAUCUGAAGAAGAUGCUUGCUAUGAAUGCGAAAAAGGUUACUAUUGGAACAAUUCUAGUGGUAAGAGAAUUUGCCUACCUUGUGGAAGCGAAGGUGCUAAUCCUUUUGAUUAUGAAAAAAUUGGUAAGGAUGCAUCAUUUUGCAAUAGUUGUUAAUCAGGUUACUUUAUGACAAAAGCAGCAGAUUCAAAAACUGGUUAACCAGCUUAAUGCUAAAAAUGCCCUGAAAAUUCUUAUACUCCUGUAUAACAAAGUGUCGGAUCAAUUGAAACUUGCAGAUGUUAUGAUAGCUAUGCUUCAAAAUUAUCAGAUACCAUUACAACUUGCACUUGCUAACCAGGUUAUGCUGGCUAGGUUGCAAAUAGCUUUGGAGUUAAAGGAUGCGAAACUGCAUGUGCUGAUAAUGCCUCUAAAUAUGAUGGUAAAUGCGCUUGUAAUAAAGGAUAUUAUGGAGUAAAUGCUGCUUAUGGAGGUAAAUGCUCUAAGUGUCCUGAAUUUACUAUCUCUAAUCAAUGCUUAAAAGGAGAUUGUAACACUGGUGAAAAAGGAUUUAUUACUAGUUGCAAUAGAUGUAUUGAAAAUUACUUUGUUUAUGAUCUGGCUGGUGGAUAUGGCCCUGAAGCUAAAGCUGCAACAUGUAAACCUUGCCCUGAAAAUUCUUAUAAUAAUGAAGGCUCACCAAGUUUUUGUACAUGUUUUGAUAAAUAUGCUGAAUAUUUAAGUUAUUCUGUUAACAAAUGUGAAUGCAAGUACGGAUAUACAGGCAAUGUUGCAACAACUAAGGAUGGAGCUGGAUGUGUUAAGGAAGGAUCAUCUAGUUCUGGUUCAUCAGGUAGUAACAGUAAUUCUGGAUCUUCAGGUAAUAGUAAUAACAACUCUGGCUCUUCAGACAAUAGUAGUAGCAACUCUGGUUCAUCAGGCAAUAAUAUCAACUCUGGUUCAUCAGGCAAUAAUAGCAAUUAAAAUUCAGAAAAGUAAGAUAAGGAAACUUCAUAACCCUCAAGUAUUAAUACUUAUUCAAAUUCUGCAAAUCUUUAAAUAUUAGCACUUAUGAUGUUAUUGGCUAUUCUUAUUUGA